UGACGAAACAGUGUAGCGCAUUACUUGUUACCCUUAGUCGCGAACAUCUCAAAACAUUCCACAAGGGCACAACGACCCCAAAAGAAAAUCUUGAGGACUUAACAUGGGCAGACUUGUCAACAAACCUUUUGCCGACACGUGAUCAAAAUGGGAUGUACGAUCUCAAAACGAGCCUCCUCUAUUCAUCUAUUAAAACGGGCAGAAACAAUUUCACAAACUCCGAUGAUCACAGUGAUGGUGGACGAAGACGAGGAUAUCCCUAUCUCCGCACAGGAGGAACUGCAAAGAAUGAACAGGGUGAGAAGGAGGUCUCGAAGACGGUCUUCCAUUGCUCCAGGGGUGGCCGCAAUCGCCGAAGAACAAGAUGAAGGAUCAGCAAGUGACCAUGCUUUUGGCGGGAAGGGCCUUGAGGCCGGCCCCUUCGCUUCACCACGAAGUUCCAUCUCCUUAGACCCGAACGCACCUCCGCUACUAGUCAGACCCGUCACUCCGGAGUUGUUGAGACCGAAAGGCACUGUUGAACUCCCGACACUCUCAGAAGCCUCACUUGACGGAGACGAGGGCUGGUGAAAUGUUCAGGCUGUGGUUGGACCUUGUUAUUGCCACUGACUAAUGGUUUCUCAUGACAGAGUUAUAGUAUUACUAUGAUGUUAAGAUGUAUAUGUAAAAAUGAUAAACAACUUCUGGACAUAUCCUAAAUUCUCUGGCAGUCUUCAAGUCUCAAGUCAACAACACAGGAUUUGUCAACAUUUUGUUUUGUCUCAAUAUAAAUAGAGAAAAUCUUUAUACUGAAUUAAAAGAAAGCUGCCAAUUCUUA